AUGCGAAAUUUAAAUUCAAAACGCUAUCCGCCUCUACAACAUAGGAGCUAUUCGUUAAUCGAUAUUAUUGGAAACGAAUGUUUUUCGGAACAUGCACUUAGUGGCUUAGGUAAACUUGAAUUGAACUCUCAACUAGCCAAUCCAUCAAAUAUUCUUUGGAUUCUUGACGGAUUAGAUGAGCGAACAAUUCCAGAUCAUUUACAUCCAAUCGAAGAAGAAUUAUUAGCAAAACCACAUUUACUUCUAACAUCUCGGCCACAUGAAAUAUAUAAUUUUCAGUAUGACAUCUGUGCUCAUGUUAAUAGUUUUACAAAUCAAGAUAUUCAUAAUUAUAUAAACAAAUAUUUUUCUAUCAUGUUUCGAACAACAGCAAAUCAAUGUUGGUCAUUUAUUCAUAAGUCUGAACAACUACUGGAAACAGCACGUAUUCCUGCAUGUUUGGAAAUCAUCUGUAGUUUGUGGGGGAAUGGUAAGGUAAGGUUAGAUUCCGAAAUGACAAUGGGACAACUCUAUCAAAAAAUGUGUGAAUAUCUAUUGCGACGAUAUCUGCUAAAAUUCCACGGUCUGUGUACAUCCGCUUUAGCUGAAAGAAAUAUUUAUCGAGAACCCAAUGCCAUAGCCUUUGCUCACUUAGAACGUCUAGCAUUUCAAGCUACAAAAUCACAUCGAUUCAUCAUUAGCAGAGAAGAAAUAAAAGAUGUUGCAGGUCCACUAGCCUCUUCCGUACUACAAAUUGGUUUACUGGUACCUCAAACGCAAAAUUCUUCUCCUUUACUCCUCGAAGACAUCUACUACUUUAUUCAUCGUAGUUUUCAAGAAUAUCUUUGUGCUCGUUAUAUAGUCAGGAUAUUGGAAUCAUAUGAUUUACAUGGGCAAAAAACAGAAGCAGUUCAAUUUAUAACCCAUGAAAAAUAUAAUCGUCGUGUACAAAAUGUAUUUCGGUUAUUCUUUGAGUUAGAACGCUCUAGUUCAUGUAGCAAUCAGUUUUGGUCCGUUGUCGAUAGCGAACCACGAGAUUUGCUUGGUCUUCGACACUGCUCUCGUAUUGCUCAUUGGUUUCCUAAAGGAAGCUCUAUUUUUUCUGAGGAAGAUCGGGAGAACAUUGAGAAAAGGACGACCAAGGUCAUACGAACAUGGAUAUCGACCCAAGAUCGUUUACCACAUGAUAUUAGCAACACAUACAUAUUUGAGUCAUUCGUUGGUGCAACAGGUCGUCAAUGUUGGGUGGAUGAGUGGAAACAAGAUCUUUUUAUCAAGGAUCCGAUGAAACGACGCUAUUUUUUAGAUGAUUUAUGGUCGAUGGAGAAUAUUAAUGCUCUUAAAACAGUCUAUGAUGAUAUUUCAGGAAAUGUACACGAAUUACAUGGUCUUAUCACGACAGGCCCUAAUACCAGAAGUCUCAGACUGCUGAACCUCGAACACAAUUUAUUCAAUUUAUACACAAUCGAUAAUCAAACUGAAACACCAGAGUUUUUGAAAAAAGCACAAGAACAAGCCAGAAAACACGAACCGAUUAUUACUUUAAUUGAAUUUCGAGCUCUUUUACAAAACUAUCAAUCUUUCGCUAGUUUAAAUCGCCAAUCAAUGGCACUUGGUUCGAUAAUUUGGAGUUUGAAAAUUGAUCCGUCUGCAUUGAAAAAUAUCAACAAUGAUACGUUAGUUCAUCUUUUACAAAUAAUACAAAAGAAUGCACUCUUUUUUCGUUACUUCAAAUUACCAGUGAUUCAUUUUCUUAAGCUCUAUGCAACUCGAAAUAAGUUGAGUGUUGAAAUUCUCUGUUCACUCAUCGUUUUAAGUACUACAUCAAGUGACUGCAUCUUUACAGUACCACCUGAUCAAAAGAAAUUGAUUCGAAUCUAUGAAAAAGACAUAUUCACUGAUAUCGAAAUGGAUGAACGCCGACGAAUUCGACUUAUCAGUGCAUUCGAUAAAGCUCGUGGUGCCUACAGAUACUCGUCUUUUUUUAGAUAA